AUGCACAACGCGUCCUUCUCGGAGCCCGACGGGGCCAACGCGUCGAGCCCGGCGCCGCCGCCGCUGCCGCCGCCGCUGGCGGUGGCCGUGCCCGUCGUGUACGCGGUGAUCUGCGUGGUGGGGCUGGCGGGCAACUCGGCCGUGCUCUUCGUGCUGCUGCGGAGCCCGCGCAUGAAGACCGUCACCAACCUGUUCAUCCUCAACCUGGCCAUCGCCGACGAGCUCUUCACCCUGGUGCUGCCCGUCAACAUCGCCGACUUCCUGCUGCGCCAGUGGCCCUUCGGGGAGCUCAUGUGCAAGCUCAUCGUGGCCAUCGACCAGUACAACACCUUCUCCAGCCUCUAUUUCCUCGCGGUCAUGAGCGCCGACCGCUACCUGGUGGUGCUGGCCACCGCGGAGUCGCGCCGCGUGGCGGGCCGGACCUACGGCGCCGCGCGCGCCGUGAGCCUGGCGGUGUGGGCGCUGGUCACCGUGGUGGUGCUGCCCUUCGCCGUCUUCGCCCGCCUCGACGACGAGCAGGGCCGGCGCCAGUGCGUGCUGGUCUUCCCGCAGCCCGAGGCCGUCUGGUGGCGGGCCAGCCGCCUCUACACGCUGGUGCUGGGCUUCGCCCUCCCGGUGUCCGCCAUCUGCGUCCUCUACACCACCCUGCUGUGCCGCCUACGAGCCAUUCGGCUGCACAACCACGCCAAGGCCCUGGGCCGCGCCAAGAAGCGGGUGAGCUUGCUGGUGGCGGCGAUCCUGGCCGCGUGCCUCCUCUGCUGGACGCCCUACCACCUGAGCACCGUGGUGGUGCUCGCCACCGACCUCCCGCAGACGCCGCUCGUCGCCGCCCUCUCCUACCUGAUCACCAGCCUGAGCUACGCCAACAGCUGCCUCAACCCCUUCCUCUAUGCCUUCCUGGACGACAGCUUCCGCCAGCACCUGCGCCAGCUGCUGCCUUGCCGCGCGAGCUCGCUCCUCGCGAGUGCCCAGCCCGCGCCCACAGUUCGAGUUUCCACACCCCGCCGAACGCCGCACCAACCGCCCCUAAAGCAGAAAGACAACGGUGGAGCCCCGAACCCGGCACGGAGACGUCUUGGUGUGGAGGAAGUGCGCGCCAGGGCUGGGAACCCGCGCCGGCGGGCGGCCCCGGGCGGGAGGAGGUGGCCGGCGCCCCCCGGCGGUCCGCACCCUGCGGCCUCUGAACUCGGCUUCUACGCGUCGGACAGCGCCGGGCCCCGCUCGGGCUCACGCGGGAAGCAUGCCGGCUCGGUCCGCUUGUCCUUCCACGCGUUCGCGCCCACUGAUUUGCACCCCGGAGAGACGGACCGCGCGGGGGCAUCUGCCGAGACCGCCGGGGCUCACCGGCGCGGGGGGGGGGGUGCGAUAGGAAAGGGGAGGCAGGAACCUGGCCGUGGCCGCCGAGACCCGGACCCUUCCCUCUCUCUUUCCCAACUCCCGAGCUCGCCCGGGGACGAGCCCGAGGAGUCGCCCGGGACGAGCCGGGAGGAGGCCGCCCGAGCGCGGGGCUGCAGCGCCCCUGGCGGACACAGGCGCGACUGCCGCGCGCCCCGGGCGGGCCUUAUGCUCUUGGCUCUUCCCAUCAUAGAUGCUUUGAGGAGGGAAAGGAAUAAGAAACUCAGUUUACUCCUUCCUUGUUCUCCUCGGCUCCGGUUCUUCCUGACCUCACCUUCGGGAGUGGGGAAGCUCAAAUGCCUGGCAGCCCAGCCGUCCCCAGGCUAG